AUGCAGGAGCAAUUUGAGCCUUUGAAGAACGAUCUGCUGCUAAGGGCCGCACGGGGUGAGAAGGUGGAGCGUCCUCCCAUUUGGGUUAUGCGACAGGCUGGCCGAUACCUUCCCGAGUACCACGAGGCCAAGGGUGGCCGUGACUUUUUCGAAUGCUGCCGCACACCUGAAAUCGCAUCGACCUUGACCCUCCAGCCCAUCGAACGCUAUGAGGGCCUGAUCGAUGCCGCUAUCAUCUUCUCCGAUAUUUUGGUUAUUCCUCAGGCUAUGGGAAUGGUUGUUGAGAUGUUAGACAAGAAGGGACCUCAUUUCCCGGAGCCGCUUGACUCACCCACCGACGGGCAGUACGAGAAGGUGAUGGCGAAGGAUGUCGAUGUGAAGACAGAGCUGGACUACGUCUACAAGGCAAUUUCCCUCACACGCUUUAAGCUGAAGGGCCGGGUGCCUCUCAUCGGCUUCUGCGGUGCGCCGUGGACGCUGCUGUGUUACAUGGUCGAAGGCGGUGGCAGCAAGCUCUUCGUGCAGUCCAAGAAAUGGGUCUACAAGUACCCCGCCGAGGCUCAGGCUCUUCUGCAGAAGAUCGCAGAAAUUUGUGUGGAAUACCUCGCGCUUCAGGUCGCCGCCGGAGCGCAGUUGGUGCAAGUGUUCGACUCGUGGGCUGGUGAGCUGUCUCCCGUCUCGUUCAAGUCCUUCUCGCUUCCUUACCUCCGCCACAUCUCCGCAAAUUUGCCCAAGCGCUUGAAGGAGAUGGGCCUAGAGCCUGUUCCCAUGACUGUCUUUGCCAAGGGUGCCUGGUAUGCCCUGGAUGACCUUUGUGAUUCGGGUUACAACGUUGUCGGCCUGGACUGGCUGCAUGAUGCCGCUGAAGCUAUGCGCAUUGCCAACGGCCGCGUGACCAUUCAGGGCAAUGCGGAUCCUGGCAUGCUCUACGGUGGUCCCCCGGCCAUCACUGCUACCCUUGAACCAAUGGUUGAGGGUUUCAAGAAGGGCAAACAGGGAUGGAUCUGCAACUUGGGUCACGGUGUCACUCCAUUCGUUGACCCUGAGAACCUUAAGUUCUUCUUCGAAGAGAUCCAUCGACUGACCGUAUAA